AUGAUUCUCUUUGUCAGGCAAAAUCCUCGCUGGGGAGCAGCCAACACCGCCUUGGUCAGAUGGCUACCAGCUGAAUACGAAGACGGAGAGAGCGAACCAAAAGGCUGGAACCCAGAACGGCUCCAUAAUGGAUUCCAACUUCCCCUGCCACGGAGAGUCAGCAGCGAAAUAAUGACGAGCUCUUCUAAGUGGACCGAUGAUUCCUACUCUCAGCUGCUGGUGGAGUGGGGCCAGUAUAUUUCCCAUGACAUGGCCAUGACCCCUCAAAGCACCGGCAGUGAUGUUUCCAUAGAUGCGAGCUGUUUAAAUACAUGUGAAAACGUGCAUCCAUGCUUUCCCAUUCAGAUGGAUGAUGGUGUUGACGGCUGCAUGCCGUUUUAUCGCUCCACGUCAGACUGCUUUGUCAGUUUUCGGUCUGGGAUAAGUCAGGCCCUGCAGCGACAACAGCUCAAUGCCGUAACUUCAUUCAUUGAUGCUUCUGCUGUAUAUGGCCACUCUCCAAAGCUGGAGAGCUUCCUUCGUGACCUUUCGGGCCGUAAUGGAAAACUUGCUGUCAAUGACCAAUUCAAGGACCCAAAAGGGAGGCCUUAUCUUCCAUUUGUUACCAGGCUGCCAUCAGCCUGCCACCAAGACCUGCAAGGGGAGAGAGUGGAAUGCUUCAGUGCUGGAGACAGUCGGGUCAGCGAAGGUCUACCUCUGACUUCCUUACACACACUGUGGCUCAGGGAACACAAUCGAAUUGCAGAAGCACUGAAACACAUGAAUGGUCACUGGAGCCCGGAGAUGGUAUACCAAGAAGCUCGCAAGAUCAUCGGCGCACUGCACCAGAUCAUAACCACAAGAGAUUAUCUUCCAAAAAUUAUUGGCCCGGAGUCCUUCGAACAUUACAUUGGCCCCUACAGGGGGUACGAUCCAUCUGUGGACCCCUCGGUCUCCAACGUGUUCACCACAGCCGCAUUCAGGUUUGGCCACGCUACCAUCUCUCCAAUCCUCUGGAGACUGAAUGAGAGCUUCCAUGAGCAUGAGCGCUUCCCCCACUUGAGACUGCACAAUACUUUAUUCAGUCCAUGGAGAAUAGUCAAAGAAGGGGGGAUUGAACCAGUCCUGAGAGGUGUAAUUGGAUCUGCUGCGUCAGCUGUCAGUGCAGACAUGCUGCUGGCAGAUGAAGUAACGGAGAGGCUGGUGGUCCUUGAUACACUGCAGCACAUGGACCUGGCUGCACUGAACCUGCAGAGAGGACGAGAUCACGGCCUCCCAGGGUACAAUGAUUGGAGGGAAUUCUGUGGACUGAAGCGUAUCAAGACACUGGAUGAUUUCUCGGUGCUUGUGCGAGACCGCAGGGUUGCUGAGAGAAUAUUUGAUCUGUACAAAGAUCCCGACAACAUCGACGUAUUUCUGGGCGGACUUGUUGAGAGGCUUUUGCCUGGCUCAAGAACCAGUCCUCUCCUUGCUUGCCUGAUUGGAAGGCAGAUGAAAGCGCUCCGUGAUGGUGACAGGUUUUGGUGGGAAGCUGAUGGUGUGUUUACCCGGCAACAGAAGGAAGAACUUUUAAAGUUUUCUCUAUCCCGUCUGAUCUGUGACAACAGCGACGUAGGAGAAGUUCCUCUGGAUUCUUUCAUAUUUGGGAAAUACCCCUCUCAUUAUGUCUCCUGUGAUCGUAUACCCUCAAUGAAUCUGGACGUCUGGCGAGAGGAGAUGAGUGAAGAUUUACGACGGUGUGGCUCCCCAAAACAGAUCAACAAUGGGGAAUAUAUCCUGUCCUCUACAUCUGGAAGACUGGUUGCCCUGUACUCUUGUUACCAUGGUUUCAAACUUAAGGGUGCUGUUGUCAUAGUUUGCAUGGGAGAUCGAUGGAGUGAUCAACCACCACAAUGCACCGGGGAAUCGCCCCUAAGGUGCUAACAAUGGAACAGAUCUGGAAAUUUUCCGUAGCUUUAUAAUCAAGUUCCCUGUGACAUCAUUGUUUUGAUUUUAUUGUCUGUAUGUCAUAAACUUUUAAUCACAUAUCUUUAAUUGAGAGUUUUAUGAUAUUUGUGUAUCUCAUAUCUGGCAAUGUGUUU